AAACAACAUCUCAACAUCUCAACCACAACCUACAAAGUUAGUUAGCUGCCAUUUCCAAACCAAAAAAGAAAACAUAAGUGGUGUGCGGUCCCUGAACAAGGAUAUGGAUGCAUCAAAGAAGAACUAUAAAAAGUCAAAUAUUGAAGGAAACAGUUUGGAAAAUAAUUUAGAGUCAAAGAAAAAGGAGAAACAUAAGAAGAGAAAGAGAAGGCAUGAAAUUGAUGGGGAAGCUACAAGGAAUUCAGAAGAAGAGGGCUUCACCAGUAUAAAAAAAAAGAGAAAGAGAUUGCAAGAAAUCAGUGCUUCAAUGGCAAGCAAAAGACACAAACUUACUGAGGAUAAUGAUCUUGAGAGUGCUGUCUCAAGUACAGAUUUAAGAGUGCCUAAAAAGAGUCGUGUCAGAUUUGUUGAAGAGAAAAAUUAUGCUGAUGAAGUGCUUCCUUUUAUGGAGCAACUAUUGAAUGAUGAGGAUUUGUCUCAAACUCCCAAUAUUUCUGAUAGUAUAAAUUCUGAGCAAGAUGAAGAAUUAGAGGCAAAGAGGGUUAGAGGACCUACAUUGUUGAAAAAAAAUUUGGAACAUGCCUCGUGGAAAGACAAUUGAUGUACAAUUUAAUAACCGCAACCAAGCUAUAAGAAAAGAAGGCAGAAAGCUUGCUAAUUUUCUUAGUAUUCUAGCUAGAACUCCUUCAAUAAUGCCUUUAAACAUAGAUGACUGGAGAUGUUAUGAUAAAGAGGAGAAAAACAAGUUGCUGAAAAUUGUGAGGAAGAAGUUUUCUAUUCCAGUACGUGGUGAGGAAUUUGUAAAAAGAUCAAUUGGGAAGAAAUGGAAAGACUAUAAAUGUGACUUAAAAGGUAUAUAUUUGGGACAGUACAAAACCAAAGAUGUUUUAUUGAAGAAUAGACCGGAACGAAUCCCAAAAGAUCAAUGGAUUGGUCUUGUCUCAUAUUGGUUCUCUGAUAAAGCAAAGGUACUUUGAAAGCCUUAUCUAACAUGUAAAUAUAAGAUAAAUAUUAU